GAAAAAAACAACGAAGGAAAAGAUGAAUUUUUCUCGCGUUUGUCUUUAAUAUUGUCUUUUUUGAAUGAAUUUUCAUUUUUCACUCAUUCUUUGCUUUAUUCGUCUAUAUGUGUGAGCUUUACACCCUCCGAAAUUAAACGAUGAAUGAAACGGAUAAAAAUCAUAUGUUGGAAAAUCUCAAAGUUUUCAUCGAUGAACAGAAAACAUGGUUACGAAACACCUUGGAUUUUGUUGGGUGGAAUAUUUCAGAUUUGGAAACUCUCGCUGAGUUGUUAUUCCAGACGGAUGAAACGCACUUCGUUCCUUGCAGUAUCAAUUCCGAACACCGCAUACCUCGAGAAAAGCUCUUAAAGCAUGAAAUGAAAUGUGAAAAAAUAAACGGAGACUAUCCUAAAAUUACCGAUGGAUCCGAUGUAGAAGUUACCAUAGAUGUAAAGGACGCUAUUCAUUCCACUGAUGGGAUCAAAAGUGAACCCAACGAUGAUAUCGAUUUGACUGAUAAUACCACCAAAAACAAAAAUAAAAGUAAAGGCGAUUCAAUUUGUUUAAUCGAGUUACUCGCUGCUGAAAGAGAUGCCAAACGAAGAAGAGCUGCUCAUCGAGGAAAAAGAGUACAUUCUAAUAAAAAAAGCUACGUCGAAGUUCUGAGAGAAGUAGUUGCCAGUCAAAUGGAAUCCUUGAAUGAAAGAUUCGAUAUAGAAACGGGAUCUGAUGCAGUCGAGGUUGAAACCGCUCAAAAAGCAGUAAUUCAGCCGCGUAUCGAUUCGUAUUUAGGCGUUGGUAGUAAAUAUUACGAUGGAAAUCCGUUUAAACGCUGGAUGCAUAUAGAAAAAGAAGAAAAAGAAUUACUCGAAGAAACGCAAAGCGGUGAUAAUGAAAAACACCCUGAUAAUUAUCGUCGUCGUGAAAGCUCUAGUGAAAGGUACAAAACGCGCGAGAGAUCGAGAUGUGAUUAUGAUAAUGAUGGAAGACAUCGUAGACAUCGAGAACAUUCUAAAGAUAAUAAUUAUAGGUAUCGUGAUUAUAAAUUCAACGACGAUCGCGACAAUUAUUCCAAAAGACGCGAUGAGAAGAGUUCCUCGCAUUAUGAUAAUGAAAAAUACUCGCAGAAAAGAUCUCAUAAAGAAGAUCGUCUGAAAGAAAAGCAUCGUGGUGAUAAUUUCUCUGAUUCGUACGACUAUAGGAUGAAACGUGAGAAAAGGUCGCGAGAACGGUCUCAGGAAUUUUCUGAGAAGCAUAAAAAUUUUUCUCAUUCUUAUACACAUGAGAUAAAACGUGAAAAAAGGUCGCGAGAAAGAUCUCAUGAUUCUUCAGUGGGACGUAAGAAUGUUCAUGAUCUAUACGAAUCCAUCGUCAGAUCUGCGAUGAAAUGUGAAAAAAGGUCGCAAGAACCAUCUCGAGAUUUUUCUGAAAAACAUAAGAAGAAACGAAAGAAAAAGUCACGCGAACGAUCAAAUGAUUCUUCUGAUGGACAUAAGAAAAAACACAAAAAAAGUUCGCAUAAACAAUCUGUUCAUAAGAAAAAGCAUCAUAAAUCGAAGCAUCAUGAUUCAAAUACCGAAUAAAGUUGAGCUAUUUAAUUUUUAGUUCAUUUUUUCCCUUUAUUGUAUUGACUAUCGACCAUCCCUCGGAGUAAUCUCCUCAUUUAAUUUUUUUUUUAAAUGCAGAAAUAAAAAUUUGAAUCAAAAAAUUGAAUUAUUUCUUU